AUGUCUCCAAGGUCAAAACAGUCGUCAAGAAAGGGCAAGGAAGCCGCCGCUACCACCCAGUACGAAUACUACGAUGAGGUUUCUCCGGCUGGCACGACGGGCAGCUAUUACGCCUCCUCAUCGACUACAGCCACCACGGGGCCCAGCCCGUUGACGGAGUACGACGAGAUUCCCGGCGCGGCGGCGACGACGACGACGACGACGACAACUGCGACGGUCGUCAAGUCCAAGUCGAUCCGGAGUGAGGGCGAGAUCACUUUGCAUGGCCCACUCGAAGUCGCGGGCUCCGUGAAGGCUGGGGGAAACAUCACGCUGAACGGCGACUUUGACGUUAGGGAUAAGGUUGAGGCUGGGAAGAUGAAAGCGUAUGGGAAUAUUUCAGUGAUGGGAUACAUGUCUAUAGGUGAUAAGGUUAAAGGCUUCGGCAAGUUGAGGGUCACCGGGACGUGUGAGGUCAACGACCUUGAAAUAUACGGGAAUACGACGAUACAUGGAUUCUUAAAAUGCAAGAAAAUGCUUUUAUACGGGUCCCUCACAAUUGUGGGUCAAAACUCGGGAUAUCACGUUGAAGAAGAGGAGAAGAUUUGGGGGGCAAUUAUUAGUCGCGAGGAAGAUGCGAGCUGGUGA